AGUUCUUACACGUUCUUACUCCCUUAGCUCUCUGUUUGCUCUGUUCUUUAAUGUAUUUGCACUCCUCAUAGAUUCAGAACUGAUCUGAAGAGAAAAUGAAAGACACCAUAGUUCUGUAUCCAGUUCCGGCCCUGAAUCACCUUGUCUCCAUGGUUGAGCUGGGGAAGCUAAUCAUCCACCACUACAACCACCGCUUCUCACUCACAGUCCUCCUCGGCUCCGGCGACUCGGCCGUCGAUUCUUACAUCGAUCACGUCUCUCAAACAGACCCUUCAAUCGUUUUCCACCCCUUCCCUGCUCUUCCCAACACUGAAUCUUCAUCCCCCACCACCAUCUUCCAAACCAUCCGCCGCAACAAUCCGAACCUCCUCCAUACCCUCCAAACUAUCUCCAACACUUCCUCCAUUGCAGCCUUUGUGAUCGAUUUCUUCUGCAACCCCGCCUUCCCUAUUGCUGCAGAACUAAACAUCCCUCUUUACUUCUAUGUGCCGAGCGGUGCCUCUGGUCUCUCCGUCUUCCUUUACCUCCCGACGAUUCAUAACCAGACUGACAAGAGCCUCAGGGAGCUUGGCAAUAUUAUUCUCGACAUCCCGGGCUUGCCCCCAAUUCGCGCUGCACAGAUGCCUGAGAUCUUACAUGAUCGGAACAAUGAGUUCUACGAUGAGUUAUUGGAUAUGUCAAUCAAUUUCACCAAAUCAAGGGGCAUUAUAUCAAACACCUUUCAAGCACUAGAGCCAAGAGUAAUCGAGGCGGUCGAAGAACAAACGUCCGCAUUUUUCUGUAUCGGACCAUUAGUUGUAGAACCCAGAGAUCAAUCCAGUGAGUCCGAUUGCUUGCGGUGGCUUGAUGCGCAACCGAGUCGAAGCGUUGUUUUCUUAAGCUUUGGAAGCCGCGGGGUUUUCCCGGCGAAGCAGAUUUCAGAGAUCGCCGAGGGGCUUGAGAGGAGUGGCCAGAGGUUCUUGUGGGUGGUGCGAAGUCCUCCAACGGAUAGUGGCAAACGGUCUUCGCUAUCGGCCACGGAUGAUUUCGAUCUUGACGCUGUGAUGCCGGAGGGGUUUCUUGAUCGGACCAGAGACAAGGGACAGGUGGUGAAGUCGUGGGCGCCGCAGGUAGAGGUGCUGAGUCGGGAAUCGGUGGGUGGAUUUGUGACACAUUGUGGGUGGAACUCGGUUUUGGAAGCUGUGUGCGCUGGGGUGCCCAUGCUGGCUUGGCCACUCUAUGCGGAGCAGGAAGUGAAUAAGGAGGUUUUGGUGGAGGAUAUGAAGUUGGCGACGCCAAUGGAGGCGGCGGAGGACGGAAUUGUGGUUGCUGCCGAGGUUGAGAAGCGAGUCAAAGCGCUGAUUGACUCGGAUGAGGGGGCAGAGAUGAGAGAACGAAGUAGGGAGAUCAGAGAGAAGGCCUUAGCUGCGUGGGCUGAAGGCGGGUCGUCAAAGACUGCCUUUACCAAUUUGGCCAAAUCAUGGGAGCGAAGUUAACAAGUCCAUCGUUUCAUCCGUGUCAAACUGAUUCAUCCCUCAUCUCGUCAUCUCAACAAGCCAUUGCGCACCAUAAUAAAGACUCUUUUUCCACAUUAUAAAGGUUUUUUUUGGCAGCUCAAUAAAGACACUCGUUUUUCAGAAAUAAUCGAGGCUGUUUUGUUUUCUUUAAAAGGUGAUCCAGAAAUUCUAUAAAAGAAAAAAAAAUCUAUUUAAAAAUUUUAAUUGUUAA